AUGGACAAAAGAACAUCAGAAAAGUUGAAAAACAAUCAUUAUAUAAGCAGCUGUGUUCUUCCAUCGGAAAUCUUGAACCUACGGUAUGACGAACACCUGACGAUUGUUGGAAGCUACAACACUGGUGCAAGAAAUAUAGAGAUCAUUGAAGUUACAACAUCGGUGUUGGUAGUUACGAAAUUCAAGGGUUACAACAAUAUUCAUCAGGGCGACCAGGCAAAUGAUGAUGAGGAGGAAAAAGAAGACGACUGCCAUGAUGGUGACGACGAUAAAGAGAAUGGGAAAAACGCAACUCCAUUUGUUCCCGACUUCUUGGCAACUUUUUGUCAACCUAUAAAUUAG